AAAAACGAAAAUUUCCACAAUGGAUUCUGAGAAUCGUGUUAUUUUAAAUGUUGGCGGUAUACGGCAUGAAACUUAUAAAGCAACAUUGAAAAAAAUACCAGCUACUCGAUUGUCAAAAUUAACUGAAGCUGUUGCGAAUUAUGAUCCAAUUUUAAAUGAAUACUUUUUUGAUCGUCACCCGGGUGUUUUCAAUCAAAUCUUAAAUUAUUAUCGUACUGGUAAACUGCAUUAUCCUACAGAUGUAUGUGGACCAUUAUUUGAAGAAGAGCUGGAAUUUUGGGGUUUAGAUGCAAAUCAAGUUGAACCAUGUUGUUGGAUGACUUAUACAUCACAUCGUGAAACACAAGAAACUCUACAAAUAUUAAAUGAUUUAGAUUUAGAUACAGAACGAAGGACGGAAGAAGAAUUAUAUUCCAAAUUCGGUUGGGAUGAUAUAUAUCAAUCGGGUAAAUUAACUUUAUGGCAAAAAUAUAAACCGAAAGUUUGGAUGUUAUUUGAUGAAUGCUAUUCGUCAUUAGGUGCAAAAAUUAUCGCUGUGAUCUCAGUUUUCUUCAUUGUACUAUCAAUUAUAUGUUUUUGCCUGAAAACAUCAUCCAAUCUACGUAUACCUCUAUUAUAUAAUGACUCAAUACCAAUGAAACUACAACAUUUAUCCCCGGAUUACAAAACAAUCAUUUCACAUUCCCAAUAUCCUUUAUCUUCCUCCUCCAGUUCAUCAUCGCCAUCGUCAUCAGCAACAUCAGCAUUACUGAAGGAGUCUACACAUGAUUUCCCCAGCGUGAACGAUCACACAUGGACUAUACGUAAACGUAUGAUUAAAUCACAUACAAUCUUUAGUUAUAUUGAAUGCAUAUCAAAUGCAUGGUUUACAUUUGAAAUUAUAAUACGUUUUAUUGUAACCCCAUCUAAAUUGGAAUUUAUCAAGUCACCUGUAAAUAUUAUCGAUCUGCUGGCGUUAUUAUCAUUUUAUAUUGAUUUAAUAUUAACGAAAAUUAUGUCCAACGAAGUGAAUUAUGAAGCAUUAGAAUUCUUUUCAAUUAUAAGAAUUAUGCGUUUAUUCAAAUUGACACGUCAUAUAGCUGGAUUGAAAAUCUUGAUACAUACAUUUCGUGCAAGUUUAAAAGAAUUAGUCUUGUUGGUAUUUUUCCUAAUGGUAUUUAUUGUUAUAUUUGCUGCAUUGAUGUAUUAUGCUGAACGUUUUCAGUAUAAUCCACAAAAUGAUUUUGCAUCGAUCCCAGUUGGUUUAUGGUGGGCUAUUGUAACAAUGACCACAGUUGGUUAUGGUGAUCAAGUACCGAAAACGUAUUUAGGUAUGAUAGUUGGUGCGAUGUGUGCAAUUACUGGUGUCAUGACUAUUUCACUUCCAGUUCCUGUGAUUGUCUCAAAUUUUUCACGUUUCUAUACACAUACUCAAGCUCAAUCAAAAUUGCCAAAACGUAGAAGACGUAUUUUGCCAGUGGAAGCAGUUCGACCAAAAAUUUGUAGUCAAACGACACAAUUCAAUACAUCGGCUAAAUUAAAAAAUAAUUUCAGUGUUAUUCCACCUGGAUCAGCGCGUACUUUUCAUGCAAUGAAUGAUUCACCAAUGAGAUUACCAUUUACGAAUGAAACAAAAUCAUUUUUUUCAGAUACAAUUCCUAAACUAACAGAAAAUUCACCUAAUAAUAACCAAACUACUACUAUUGUCAGACCAUUAAUUCCAAGACGUGAAGGAAUCCCGAUAUUACCUGAAGAAAUUAUACCACAAUAUCGAGCAUCAAUCAAUCGACCAAACACAUCCAGCAUUAAAGAAACUGUGCAUACAUCAAAUGCACAAACACUAGAAGAGACAAAUCCAUUGCUGCCAACUAGUGAACUAAAAGAGAAAACUACCAGUAAACCAACCAAACAUCAAUUUGGCAAUCAUGUAAUAAGUAAUAUGAAUGUUGUCAAUUGUAUAGAUGAUUUUGAUGCGGACACGAAAAAUCCACAUUUUUCAACAUCGAACAGAAGUCCCAAUAAUUUAAUUGAAGCUACUGCUAAAAUAGCUACUACUAACAAAGAUAUUAGUAGGCAAAAUGAUAAUGAUGAAUUUUCACAUCCAUUGAAUACGGCAAAUCUAUCACAUAUAAAUUAUAAAACUUCAAAUUUUUCAUUUGAUGAAUAUAAUACUAACAGUAAUAGUAAUAAUAUUAAUAAUAUUCAUAAUUUUGGUGAAAACUUUAUACCAUCAGAUAAUAGUAUGAAUCAAUUGGAAGAAUUAUUAACAUUACGUAAUAAUAGUAAUAAUAAUAAUUUUGAAAUUACACCACCACGUUUAUCCUGUGUAUCGUCUGGUGAUAGAUUAGAAAUGAAAUUUAUCACUGAUUCUUCACAUAACACUAAAUAA